AAAUUUCCGGCUUCAAACAUGGCGGUCUAGAUUUCGAAAGACGUUCAAAUGAUCUUGUUUCAAGAUGUAGUUCACGGAGCGUGUAUACGCCUGAAAUGGCCAGCAAAGAAAGUCUUGGACGAGUGCGACAUUUUAACCUUAUUUCACAACAGGUAUAUGUUAGUUUGUGGCUGUGUAUCCAGUAUGUUAUUAUUUUGCUCGUGUUAUAUCGAUCUACGAUCGAAGAUUCAAGUUCGGGUUCUUAAGUUAAUUUUUUAUCUCAUUACUAUAUCAGUGAUUUAAUUUGAAGCUGAACUUAUAAAAUAAUUGUAACUAAACUAUUUAUUCUUCUCUCUAGUUUGUCACUUUUUCAAUAAAUUGUCGAUUUUUUGUUGUCUCAUGGGGAGAAUCCUUGCUCCAACUCGAAAGCUACAAUCAUUAGGUUGUUAGAAUGUUUUGGUUUUCAUGAUAAAAUAUCCUUUAACCUAACGCACUAGUCAUUUGCAACCACGACGCCCAAGUCCUCAGGAAAUAGUGGGGAAAUUUACAAAAGUAUCCUCGUAAUUUAAAGGAUUUACCCCAGGGCCUAGGCACAGAUUUACAUGGUAAUUACCCCUCCCUAAUAAGCUGUCUGUCAACUAACCGCUAUUCAAGUUUAACAAAUGACUCACUUUAACUGAUCAAAUAUUUGAAUUGAGUCAUGCAUCGUAUCUCUCCUCCAUACAAAAACCCAAAAAAAGCUAUACAUGACCUGACACAGUCAUUUUGAAAUCUUUCAGAUAAUGAUAAAAAUGAGUUCAUCAGCGUAUGACAAAGAUUCACGCAAUGGUCUAUGAAUUAUAGGUUCAAAAAGUUAGUCUUAUGCAUUGUUUUUUAAAUGUUUGAAAACAAAUUUGUUAAUUUUGUAAGCUUCAUAUGCCUUUUUGGACAAACUCACAACAAAGAAAGAGAAACAUUGUGUUCAUGGGUCUGUGAAUUUGUAUUUUUUUUAAAUUAGUUGCCUCAGUUAUUAAUGCUUGGACCAACACAGCCAUACGGCAUAAAAAGCAUAGCCAAGAGAGGGUUAGGUAGCAUUCGGUAAAGGAUCAUUGGGCGAACUAUUGAGGAGCUCAGUACGGGUCAGUUACAGCAGGAUGGAUUUCCGUGAUCUACGUCUUUUUGCCAGUUUUAGCCAUAAUUGUGUUUAAAUUCAGAAUAGUUUCAAAUAAAACAAAUGAUUAUUUAUGCUAUCCAAAUCGUUAAUUUUUCACGAGGGAGUGGUUGAAUUGCCUUUCAAACUCUGCUCUGUGUAGCUGUAAAUUUUUGGUAAUUUCCGAGGGGUUAGUGCAAGAAAUGAUUGUAAAAUCAACCUUUUUGCCCUCCUACUGCUCCAUAAAAUCCCCACUAUCCGUAGGGAUUUGCGGGUCGGGGAUACAAUUGACUAGUGCAUAGCAUAGUCUUAUCCAUUGGUCGGGUCUUGGAUGGGGUAGCCUUUGAAUACAGCCUUUGCUCCUCACUCCCUGGUGCUUGGGACAUUUUGCAGGAGAGAUUUGGCCCCCAAAAUUCCAUAUUGGAUGUAUAAUCUGGUCCAUGAGCACUGAUUGGUCAGCAUAGUAACUGUUAUGUUAUUCUUUUUAGCUGUUGUUUACGAAUAACAGACAAAGGACAAAAGGUCACAAUGAUCAAAUAAAUAUUAUGUAAAAGCCAUAAAUCUAUUAGAAACAGACAUUAUUCAUGUAAUUAUACAUCUACGUCAUAAAAUCACAUUUUUUAAAAUAUACUUUUAUAUAUCAUUUUUUUGCAAAAAGCAUUUGAGAUUUCCGGCCCUCUUGCAGGGGAACUUAAAAUUUUAUGAUAAUAGACCAGGAGAAACAAACCCAAAAGUUAAUUAAAAAAUUAAUUUGCAUCCAGAAUCCCAUAACUACCAGAUUACUUUUGUAAUCAUAGAUUCAUGUCGUCAGUAUGGAAUUUUGGGCCGGGCUAAUUAGCAUAAUUUAUAUCUCUCCCGUGAAACAUCUCUAGCGGCAGAGGAUCGUGUAGAGAUGGCUGUCAUCACGGGCUAUGCAUAUGCAUAGGCCAAUCUGACAUCCACAGGGUAAAGGAAAAUUAUUUUUGAGACUGCACCUUCCUAUUAUCUUAGGUGUGUACCCCACUUACGUUAAUUGAAGAUCUGAAUCUGACACUGCUCAAGGAUUUGUUUUGUUUUGUGUUUGUUUUCUUUUUUUUCCCCAGACCAUAAUUAUCUGUAAGCUUGUUUCGUAGCUCUAAAAUUAAAGUGACUUUAAACUGUGUGAAAAGGUUUCAGUGAAAACAGCAAUAGUAAGGUAAUGGUCAAUGAUGUUAUUAUCAAGAUGAGAAUGACCAUUAAUGUCGUCCUUUUUUCCAGCACAUUAUUUCUUAAAUGUUUUAGCCAACAGUGAUCACUUUUCUUUUUCACUUCACUAAUCCUACUGUACUAUUUAUACAUUAUUUUAAUAGCUGCGCUUGCGACAUCUGAGAAGUAUCUCUGUAAGAAACGUUGUCCCCAAAUUCACAAUAUCUGGAGAUAGUCUGCUUGAUCAGUUGAUAGAGACCUUCUUCACUUUGCAUGCUGAUGAGGGAGAUGAAACUGGUAUGUGAUCUAGAACUGCGAUAGCAUUGUGGAAUGCAAAAUUUGAUUCAUGUAGUUCUUUUAGCGAAACCAAUGUGUGAACAGAAGCUAGUGAUGAAAUUAAUAGUUUCAUUUAAUAACAUAUUGAUUUAUUGUAAUAUUUUAUAUUUCAUUAAUUUUUAUUUAAGUAAUAGAUCUGAAUUUAUUUUUUGUUGUCAUGAACAUGCAUGGUAUACAGUGUAUUUUCCACAUAGUCAUCAUCAUCAUUAUUAUUACAUACCAUUAAUUUUAUUUUCUUUCUAUGAAGAAUUAAGCACCUUGGGUGCUGUAAUUUUUGAAGUUUUUUGGGUAGUUUUCCAUCCCAACACCCUAACCUGGAGAACAGGUGUUUUCUGUGAGAGGUUUCUCUGCUCUCUGACUCACAGGCUCUGAUUAUUCCUUGGUUCCUGACAUAAACCUUUUGCCACAUUAUUACUAAAAUAAUAUUAUGCAUUUCCAGGAUCUAUGACUCAAUAAUGUUAUUCAAGUAGUUCACACCUUGAACUUUGUAUCUGUAGGUGUAUGUUCAAGCUGUGCCCACAUGUUCAGUCCUCUGAGGUCAACUUUUUUUGCAACUUGCCUUUUGGCAACACAGAAUUUUGUAGUAGCCAAACAAAAAGAGGGUUGCCAGUAAAAGGAAUGCUUUGUGCAAAAAUGUUUACCCAGCUAUGGUUAUUAUGAAACAUCUCAAGGCUUUAUACAUGUCGUGGUUCAAUUUUUAUCAUUAAUUUAAAUUUAGUUUUAUUUUGCUUUGUUUUGGGGUUUUGUUAAUGUUAAUGAGUUUGAAACAAAGAAAAAUGAAAUUUAGACCAAGCACAAAAUUGAAACACAACAUACAUGAACAUAAUGCAGUGUUCAAGAGAAGCAAGGCAUAGUAUAAACAAUAUUACAUGCAAACAAAUUUAAGCUUAGGUUAAUUUUAGAAGAGAGCAUAAACACUAAGUAACAAUAAGGAGUGUGGUAUGGCUUGAUACUUGACAGCCAAAUGCUGGUGGCCAAAUUGGAAUCUUUUGCUGAAAGUAGUAAUUAAAGGCUAUUACAGGUAUAUUUCAAUAAAAAAUAAAUAAUAUUUCUUUCCAUAUAAUUUACUGGUUAAUCAAACCUUAAGACACUUUGAUCUCUAGCAAUUAAUUCUAAAAAAUUAUCGCAGAAUGAUUGGGAUUUGGUUGUUUAUUUUUUUGUAGCCAUUUACACUAGUGAGAAAAUAAAGUAUUCCUUGGUGAGUAUGGUCAUAUCAUUUCUCUAUAAUAAGAGUACUUUUACGAAGCUUUACUGGCUACAUGAAAGUAAUAUAAUGUGUACAUGUACAGUGUAAUUCUCCUGAAUUUUAGAGGCACUAGUUUCUUGUUUUUGAAUUUAUCUUUUGUUUUCUGAACUCUUUGGCAUGGAUUUUUUUUACUAGAAUCCAACAUGGGCAAGCUUUGAUCCAUCAUCAUGGUCACAUUCUACAGCCAUGACUAGUAUCCUUUGAAACUGAAAAACAGUCACAUAAGUCACAUUUCAAAACUGAAAUGCAGUCACACCAGUCUGGGGCUGUCAUGUUACACCAAUACAAGUAAUGUAUCAGUGGAUUGUGAUGUUUCUUACCAAGAUAUGAAUAUCAAUAUGUAGAUGUUGUGAUGCAUGUUUUAAGAUACCAUGUGCUACAUCAUAAAGUGAUAUCACUGUCUUCAAUAUUCCUCACCCCUAAAUUUCCACAUUUUAGCCAUUUUGUGCACAGCAAAUUUUGAUGGAAACAAAAAUAUUGAAAAAGCAAACUGUCCCUGCUUUACAGGCUUACCACCAUCUGGUUAGCUCAGUUGGGAGAGCACUGGUCUGCUGAGUGGGAGGUCGCAGGUUCAAAGCUUGGCUGAGCCAACACUCAGGGUCUUUAAAUAACUGAGAAGAAAGUGCUGUCUUUGAAAUGACGUCUGCAAAUGGUUAGACAAAAAACCUUAGGUCCUGUCUCACAGCACUUUCACCUGUCUGGUUCUUGUGGGACUUAAAAGGACCCAUACCACUGUUUGAAAAGAGUCGGGGGUGUAGACUCUGGUGGUAUGGCCAACCUUUCCUGGGCUAGGUGGGUUGUCUGCAAGGAUACAUCUUAAUAUAGGGAUAACCUUAUGAUCCACGUUCAGGGGUUGUAAUGGCUAUUUGUAAACAUUGUAUGGACAUGUAUGCAUGCUUCCUGUCAUAAUCAAGACAUUGGACAAGAUCAGGAAAGCAAAUGCAUGCUUUAUAUUUGUCACUUGCCAUCUGUACACUCCUGUGUACCCACAAGCAAUGAGAAUUAGUGAAAACAGUAAUGCAUCAUAAUUAUGACUUGAAUCAUUCUGUGGAAAAAAUUAAUGUAUUAUUGUAGUCCCGAGUCACAUUCCAGUUUUAAAAUACAGUCACACUAGUUACAGUGUAGUACGGCGGUAAAUGCAGUCACUAUAGUCAUAUAUUCCAGGACUGAAAUACAGUCGCAUUACUCCCAAUCUAGGACUGAAACUUAGUUGCAUUAGUAAUGUUUUAGAAAGCGGAUACACUGACUCUAGUCACAUUUACAGGAAAAAAUAACAGAUUCCCAUUUUUGGAUAUUUUAGGGUAUUUAAAGAAUACCCACAAAAAUCCCAAAUUUGAAAGAGUGAGACGAGUCCCAACCAGGGAACUUGGUUGGGAAUUUCCUGGUUGGGACUUGUCUCACUUUGUCAAAUUUGGGAUUUUUAUCGGUAUUCUUUAAAUACCCUAAAAUAUCCAAAAAUGGGAAUCUGUUAUUUUUCCCUGUGAUUAUUCUACAACUGAAGAAAUGAAAAUAAUAUAGUCACUUUAAUUACAGUCCAAGACUGAUGUAGUACAUACAAGUAUAGUCAUACUAGACACAUUCUAGGACCAAGUUACAGUUUGACUAGUUGCUUUCUACAGUUUAGUAUUAAACAUAGUCGUGCAUGGCACAUUCUAGGGCUGAAAUACAGUCUCUACAUUAUUUUUGAAGAAGGUACUGGUACAGCUUAUCAGUUGGGUGUCUUUGCGGUAAAAACAUUUUUGUGAAACCUUUUCAUAAAUACAGUACAAUGUAGCUUUUAGCACUUGUAGAACAAUAAUGUAAAGUACCAGGUGUAAAGAGGAAAUGAUAACAAUAAUAAAUGACUUGAAAAGUUUUGGCUUGGCAAGAGAAAAAAUUGUUAUAGCUGUAGGAGUUAUUUAGCGGUAGAAAAUUAAGGAAUUGGUUUUUAUCCCACACAUUGGACUCACAGACAUCCUUGACUCCAGUGCCAGCUUUUACAGUUAAAGUCUGGGGUGGACAGAAUGAGAAAUUCCAGCUUAUUAUUGAAUGGAAAGUUGACCUUCCAUCUCUGCAGUACCUAGGAGAUCAGGUUGGGUUUUUAAGUAUACAAUAUAAUUAAAAAUGAUAAUAUUGUAAGCAAUUUACAUGUAACAUGGUCGAAGGUAUUAUGUCUUAUAACAAGGACGCUCUUAUAGUGGCGUCCAGUCUCGCUUGCUUGGAGAUUAGAUCAAGAAAUGAGGAGGCGAUUAAUUCUACUUGAAACAGGAUUUACUCUUUAAAGGUUUCAACUUAUAACUGUAUUGACGUCGAGUGUUUUUCAGGAUACUUACUUUUUAUUUGUUUCUGAAUUGAUUUAGUACAUCUGUUAGUGACAACCGCAAAUACGUGUGCGGUCGCAUGCUAUACGCCUGUAUAAAUCCAUGAAAAUUCAAGGGUCUCGAUUCCAGAGAGUUUCUUCAUCAUUGCCAGAGAUCAAAAAGUGAUUAUACAUGGCACGUCAUUUCAAUCAUCGCCAAAAAUAACCCGCAUGCUCAUCACAAAACCCAUUUGCAUACAAAAAAAAUUUACAACACCUGACCAUUGCAGUUUUGCUAAUUAUGAUUCUUUUUUUUUUCCGACCACUGAGUUGUGUUCACUUCUUUCAAGGUAAUCAACUCUUUCAAGUGGUAGAAUCUGUGGACCGACACAUUCCGGAAAAUCUCUAAAUUUAAUCUUUCUUAAGGUUUCUUUGCAAAACAUGCGUUGCUUCGAUCACGCAACGAUUCUUGGUUCCAGUUUUCACGGUCUCUGCAAGGAAUGCCAUCUGCAAUGACCCCCUUUUGUGUCCUAAAUAUGCAAGCGAGACUUGUAUUAUAUUAAUCUCACUCUAAUUCAGCUUAUUAGGAGAAUGUCCUUUUAAUUGUAUGUCAAACAUGGGUAGGUAGUACCCCGAAUGAAGAUUACAGUGAGAUUACCAUAUAUAAUAAAUUAUUGUAAGACAACUGUGGUUGAUUGAUCAAACAGAUCUUGGGUUAUGUAUCUGGCAUCUAAAGAGAUUUUUGCCGGGGCGAAUUAAUGAUGUCAUCACCAACUGGUCAAAGAAGAGAGACCUUGUUUUUGAGAUUGGUCAAAAUAAUUAAUGUGAUCUUUACAUUUUAUAGUUUGUUUUGUUUUGUUUUCUAAUUUUCUCCUCUGGAUUGCCAAAAAAUGGGUUUGUUAGCUUGAUUAAUUCAUCAGUGAAAUAUCAAAAGGUUUAGAGGUCCAUUGCAAAAAACACCUUCUGAAGCAGAUCAAGCUAUUUUCUGGUCACUACAGUUCUGUCUAUAAAAAAGGACAAAUAAUCUGCCCAAAACACUGUUGAUAAGUCUAACACUGCAUUGCUCUCUGUUACUGGUACUAAAUAUCAGCUUGCAAAGUGGGAACAUUUGUACAAUGUGGAAGGCGAAAUUGUGAAAUUUUCUCUCACUUUCCUUUGUGGGCACUUAAGGGCUGAACAUGGCAGAACGUUUGUACUUCUCCAGACAUGGGCAAGAUUGUGAACCCAAACCUUAACUACUUUUGAUUAAUUUUUUAGGUCAAGUAUAGCAAAUAUGGCCACAACACUGCUAUUUUUGGUCUAAUUGAUGGAUAUUAUGGAGCUCCUUCUGGACAAAAAUUAUAUGAGGUUAGGGCAUGGUGUAAAAGGCAGUUAAAAUAGUCUCAGAUUUGAAAUGACUGUAAGUUUUCAAGAGUGUAAGUCAAGUGACGAUUAUAAAAAUGUUUUCAUGGCUUGUUCGUAUCAUUUUUUCACCUGGCACAAGAAAAUUCAGUGAAGAUAUGACACUGUGUUGUCUCAUACAUGUAUUACUUCAAGUCUUUUUCAGACUAAAUAGCAUCUUCUUCAGCCAUUAGUGUUAUUUUGAGAUUCAAAAUUUCUUCUUUGAUGGACUGCAAAAUGUGAUAGGAAAAAUUAAUACUAGUAGCUAAAGCUAAAAUAUUACUAGCAAUUAAAGUUCAUGAAAGUACGCAUGCAUGUAACAUGUAAAAUAGUUGUGGAUGUAGGUAGUUAAUGUUUCUCUUAUUACAUAUUAGCCAGGCCUUCAAAGAUUUGUGCUAAUUCAGUAUUAUUAGUCUACCUUUUUUAUAGUUAUAUGCUUGGCCAUAAUUAUUUUCUACUUACAUGUAUAAUUUUGUUUUCAUUUGAUGAUUAAGGUUGGAAAUAAUAGUGAAUCACUAGCUUCACAAAGGAAGAAUGCGAUUAGAGUUGAUUUUGAUCAGGUCAGAGAAUUAAUAACCAACCAGAAGGUGCUUCCUCAUUAAAGGAAACAGUGUAGAAUGUCAUCUGGCAUAGCAGCUAAUAGCUCUGAAUCCGCUAAGGUUUGAAAUAGUGUUGACAGACUAAACGAGACUAAUUGCUGUGUGAAAUGUGACCUUAGAGUUAGCUUCUCUUCACAAAGUGAAGACUUAUACCAUAGUAGCAACUAAUGAGGAACCUUUUAAUUCCGAAACUGCAGUCUCGCUAAAUAGGCACUUGUAACAAGAAAUGCUAAUAGUUCAGUCGCAUAGACUAUUAAGCUAAAACCAGAAAAAAAAAUGGCCAACAGAGGAACUGUAGGGCAUUCAUGUGCUCCAGACCACUGGAAAUAAUUACUCAAUAUGCAUGAAACAGUCCAGCUUUAUGACCCCUAAAUGUUAGACUCAGAGCAGCACCAGUAAGAUUUGCUCAGUCACAGGUUAAAAUACUCCGUGUACUGCAUAACCAAGGUCACAUUUCACACUAUCACGAGCUUAUAAGUCAUGUUUAGCCUGUCAACAUUUCAUUUCAAACUUGAACGACCCCAAAAAUUUAUUCAGGAGGCUUUAGCGUCAAGCCUCAUGGCACUCAAAACACAGAACACUUUAUAUAGACCAUAGGAUGCUGCUGUUCACAGUUCGGUGACUUAUGGGUGCCAACUCGGUAAGAAAUCAAAAUUUGUGGGUAUGUUGUAGGUAAAAUUCAUUCUCAGGAUUAACCAGUAUUCAACCUAAAGUAAGUUUGAUUUAAAAUUUCCUUUUUUCGUUUGCUUGCUGUAAUCCUUUAUAGGAGACAAACAAAAUUUAGUUUAACCAGAAACUGAUUUUACAUACUUCACUACAACAGGUAUACUACAGUAUAAUGCAGAUGAUAAGGGCUGUCCCAGUGUUGUCUUUCUUUCAGAGAUUUUACUGUUUUAUGAUACAUUGUAUCUGCAGUAGCUUCUCUCAACUGACUGUUUUUCUCAGUGAUUUAUUUCAUCUGUCACUGAAUGACUGCUGUAUGUAGCUUUUUUUCUUGAUGAGCCCUGUAUGUUUUGUUUCUCUAGGUUCUAACAUCCUACAACACCUCAUCUCUUCAAAGGUCAGAAAAUUUAAAUUUUUUAUUAAGUUCAAAUAUCCAGUAUGUUGAAAAUGCACUUGGGUGGGCAAUCUGGAAGAAACUAACAUGUACAUUAAAGUGUACAAGUGGGUGAAUUAUCUGUGGCAGCGAACUUUAGAACAAUAGCUUAUCAUGAUCAAAAUUAAAAAAAUUAAAAUGCUGGAAAAAAAUAAAAAGUUCUUUUAAAUACUUUCAUGGAUCAUACAGUCAUUUAACACUUGGGUUAAGGUAUGAUGGAUAAGUUACAGUGAGCAUGAGCAGUGUGUUAUAAUGCUGUCCAGUUGCUGGUUUGGCUCAGUAGGCUGGCCUAGUGGGUGUGAUUACAUGGAAAAUUUCAGGGCCCAUUAGCCAGUGGAGAUCCUGGCAUUGUCCCAGCUAACCAGACUCGCUUGACUGCCAUGUAAUGUGACAAAGUUGUUUUUUUUGUCUGUGUUCAAUUAACAUGCUAAGAUCUUGAUAAUCGAGUCAGCCCAGCAAACCAGACCAACCUGGCUCAUGUAUUUAGCCCCGUGGGUUAUUAGUGAAAGUGUGAUACACUAGUGCAUAAGAUUGACGCACUUAUUUUUUAACAGAAUACAGAUGACUCAGAAAUCCAUUCAACAAACUCAGCUGUCAGUGAAAAAUGUUUGUCAGUUGAUCCAAAACAAAGUUGAAUCUGACUUAAAGUACACAUCACAAGUGAGUAGAACAUGAAUAUUUACUGAUUUAGAAAGCUCACUGAAAACAAGUGAGUGAACAUUUUGAUCAACCUUAGAUGAUUUUCAUGUUAUUUUUCUAUUGAGGGAUAAUUUCUAUAGAAUGUUACUGUUGGGUUUUCUUUGUUUGGGUAAAUCUUAUGAUAUGAGAUACCUGUGUGUAAAUGAAACUGUCAUGAUAAAGAGUGCUAAUAAUCUACUUGAGAGGAAUUUAGGGAGUUUUAAGCUAUCCUUAGCUGUCUCCCUUGGCUUACCGUAAGCAUCUGCUGUAUUAAAGAGUGCAUGACGUCAAGACAUACAUGCAUAUAUUGUUUUUGUUUUUAACUUUAAUGAUGGAACUAAUUGUUUCAAGUUACCUGUAGUUUUUGUUUCCCUUGUUUAAUAAGUGAUUAUUCUCUUCUCAAAGCUUUCGGAAGAGGAGAUGCUUACAUUGAAGAUCAAACUUUUAAGAGAAGAGUUACUGUCAAAGCAUAAGCAAUUGCUGAAAGGUAUAACAUAAUAAUUUAUUCAUAAUCGAAGGAGAUAUUAGGGAGCUAUCAUAUGUGAAAAAAGUCGCGUUAUUAGUUGAGCUUCUUCUUUCUCCCACUCACCCUUCUUUUUCCUGUAAUUGUAUUACCGGUAAUUUUUGGUUUUUGAUCAUCAGUACAUCAGGGGCAUAGCCAGCCCAUAGACCUGUAGGCCCGGGCCUACAAAUUUCUGGUUUGAUCAAUCCAUCACUUGUAAUAAAUUAUGCACUGCUGGAGUGAGCAAAAAAGCUUAUUAAAGAGCUCAAAGUGUUGGUGAGGUCAGUGCGUACUAGUCGUGUGCCAUUUUCAGGAUAUGUGGAAAUUAAAGGCACCCAGGCCUACAGCUGGUUGAAAAGCUGGCUAUGUCCCUUAGUGCCUAUUCAUGGUUCUUAGUGAUGGGAAUUUAGGGGCUUUAGCGGCAGCACAGUGAUGACAGUUGUAAGCUACAUGCAUGGGUGGUUCCAUAUAAUUUAUUGGGUGAAGCUGUGUGGUUUUGCCAGUCUCCAAAUACUGUAGGACACUCACUUGUGCAGACCAAGGAGAUUAAGCAAAAAACGAAAAGCUUAGAUAUAUUCCAAUUAAGUAUUAGAUAUUUAAUUAUACAGGGUGUAUAGAGUCAUUAAUCAGACUGAAGGAAUAUGUUUGUAGGUGUAGAUACAAUCACAUGUAUUAUUGUAUGUAAGUAACGGUUAAAUUCAUGCAAUGUUAUUAUUAGAGAGAGAAGAGGAAAAGCAUUUCUUGGAGAAGCUCAGAGAGCAUGGUAAGUGCAUUUUAACAUACAAAGAUAAAAUUUUGUGAAAUUGGUCCUGAGUUUCUCAGGGAUUUGUACUGUUUCAACUUUUAAUUUAUUCAUGGGUUACUUUUGUCACUUUUCAUCAUCUUACAAUAUAAUCCUGCGUGGAAACAAGAAGUAAUUUGAUCUUGGUAAUUAAAUCCCGGAGUUUAUGUUCAUCUACAUGAAGCAGAAAAGGGAAAUGAAAAAAGUUAAGAUUUAUGCAAUUGUAAAUAAAGGGAACACAAAUCAAGCCUUCUUCUCUUGAAAUUAAUACUUAAAGAUAAAAAUAGCACAACACCUUAAGGUUUUAUUUGAAUUAUGAGGAUUAUAAUGUAUCCACCAAAUAAUUCAGACGUUAGAAACACAUUGUAAACGAGAGAGUACUACAGAUACAUGUAAGCUUUCAUUUGGCACUUACGUCCAGGUUUGCACGCAGCUGCAAAAAUUGCGAUUUUUUUGUGUGUUUGCGAAAAAUAUCUGGGAAAGUAUACAUGUAGGUGUAGAUGUACUAACCAGCAGCUUUCAUUUGAAUGGUCACAUUUAGGAGUAAUUUAUUUUGUAUGUAGUGAGAACCAACUUUUACAGCAAACAGUACCAAAGGAACGAAUUGGUUAUAAUUUAGUUCAUGCCACUACCUGUAUGUUUAUUUCACGGUGUAUGGUUGUAUUUUCUUAGAACUAAACCUUGAAAGGAACAAGGAGCAGUUGGAGUUAUGGAAGUCUUCUCUAAGAGAACACAAACAAGCUCACAUAGAAAAAAGGUGAGUUCUUUAGCUUAGAGGGCAUUUUCAACAUUUUGCUGUCAUACUAUACAUUAUAGCUUUUUCACAUAUAGUGCAGUAAUAUAAUAGAGCGCGGAGACGAGCUUGCAUUACAAUGCUCAAUGCAAGUUUGGUGUUCACGUGAUCGUCCGUAGGUCCUCAUCGACCCCUACUUCUAAGCUGGGGUGAAAUUUCGCAUUCAAAUAACCGCGCGUUUGGGCGGUAAAAUUGCUUGGCCACCUGGACUUUUAGAUAGAAAAAACAAGAAAGUUGAGUAACGUGACGUACUAAAGGUGUGGUCCUGAGGAUAUCUGCCAUAGUGAGAUUUGACUGUGCAGCGCUGUGGACCAAUUCACAGAUGCAAGUUUUGUCAUCUGUCGCAUACUAUUCACAAAGUUUGCUUUAUUUUGAAGGGAAUCACUGGUGAAGUUAAUCGCUCAGCUUGGCAUGAGGCGUCGGCAGCUUAUCUCUGAACUAAUGAGUAUUUACCCAAUUGUUGAGGUAAGAUGUAAUUACUAACAAUGGGCAUAAAGUGCAAGAAUUAACGCACCGUCGUGUUUCUUUGUACCUGACUUAUUAUUUUCAGUAUGUUUGAACAUUUGUCACAUGUCAAUAAAGAGAGCUCUCUGCUACAAUAUCCCCUGCUGAACUUAUCGAUGUUUGUCAAAUUACUUUCUUGAUCAGUUAAAAGGUACCAAAGAAAAGCUUAUUUGUGGAGUGCGGCUUCCCAACAGUGAGUCUGAUGAAUUUACAGGUAAGAUGUUUUUAUUAGGAUUAUGCCCAUGUUUUACUGGAAUUAACAUGUUCGGAUUUGCUGUUUAAAAGGCUAAAAUGAAAUUGAAUUGAACUAAAACCGCGAAUUUAAAAGGUUAAGUAGUAUGUCUUAGUGAAUAACUGGUUGGAUGGAAGGAGGGAAGGAGGGGGGCUUCAACAAAUUUAAGAAAUGGUAAACGUGCAGCGUGCAACCAUCGAGUUACGGAUGCACGCGGGAGGUUGCUAAGCACGAAAGAAGCGUAAGGGAUGCUAGAGGCGUACCCGAGAGCAACACUAGCUUCUUGAAUGCUUUGCAAACCCCUCAAGUGUUGUCAUAAAUGCGUUAUCUCCAUCAGUGUUUUGACUAGCUAGAACCUUGUUUAAGAAUGCAUCUAGCCUUCAUCUACCUAUCCAUCAGUCCACUUUAAAGUCAUUUAUCCCUCCGUUUUCAAAUCUCCUAAGGAGGAAAACAGUACAGCCGUAUCUAACAGAUUUUUUAGUUCCCCCAAACAAAGUUUUGGGACCUCUGGUGUCUGUCCAGCGUUAUUCCUCUUUUUCAAGGAUUGGAAAGGGUUGCCAAGCGAAAUCGUAAGCGCUAAGUCCGCUGAUCGAUUCGAAAAAGUCUUAUUUGAGUAUUUUAGUCCGUUACAGGACUUGUGUCUUUUGAAUAAAUGUUGAAUCAGAAUAGCAAUAGCACGGGAUAAAGCAGUUGUAUAGCUUGACUGCAUGCAAUUUUACCCACCCUAGAAAUAACAGGUACUAAUUCUUAACAGAAACUGAACGUUUAUCUUGUCAGUCGGGUGAAAACAUCUUUCACAUGGUUACUGGUUAACGGACAGUUCCCGUAGUGCAAAAAUGUCUUUGUUUUUUAAACCAGUCCAACGCUCCAGGACAGACAGCUCUUUCCAUUAGCUGCUAGGUCAUACAAGUUGUAUAUAUUUUUUUCUUUUCUAGCUAUGGAUGAUGAAACUCUUGCAGUUGCUUUGGGUUACACGUGUCAUGUGGUCAGCAUGAUUGCUAGAUUCCUGCAACUGCCUCUGAGAUAUCCAGUGAACUCUCAUGGCUCUAGGUCUACCAUUGUAGAUUUGACAAGUGAAAAGGUUCCAGAAAAGGACAGAAAGUAAGUACUGGCCAUAACAAGAGUGGUUUUUUGACUAAAAUUAAUUCUUGGAUCGAAUUUGAGGAAAUUGGCGUGAAUUAGGCUAUGUUUGCACCAUACCGGAAAACAUUUUUUGCCGACAUGGAAAGCUGUUCUGUACAGUAUGAACGGCAACAAUCCUCAACUGGAGCAAGUCGUAUACAUUCCUCGAACAUCGUGCCGCCGGAACGAUUGGCCGAGACGUUCUGGUAAACUAAAUCCUAAUUCUCACAUAUCUGAAUAUUUUCUUCCAUCUCUGUGGGUUCCAGUCGACACUCCUACUCAUUUACUUCCGCUACGGUCCGAAUACUUGUACACACUCCAACGAAGAGUGGCAGUAAGCCAUCCGGUAUGUGACGUUUCACUUUCGAGAUCGCCACGGCGCAGCUUCGCUCCGUUACAAAAAUCGCACCAAGAUGUAUGGUUUUCAUGUCAGCACAAGAGCUGUAGUGUCAACAUCGCUUAAAUGGCGAGCUCUCUUUUAAAUAUGUCGCUGAGUUAAUUUAGCGCAUCUGAAUACAAUAUGUUUCAUACUGCUGUAACUCUAGGUUGCAAGCGAAUUGUUGUUUUGUUAUUAGUGCUGAUGAUAAAUACAUAAAUCACGUCUUUUGUUAUACCUUUUUCAGAUUUCCAUUACAUAACAGAGGCAAAGAACUAGCCAAGUUUUUCUAUGGAAUAUUUCUUUUGAACAAGAACAUAGCUCAGGUAGAAUCUCAGUUACCGUUAGGCAGGCGGGCAUAUGAGUAGCCUGCGUAGCAAGCGUUUCCGUUUGGUUUCGGAACAAAGAAAUACCGAGGAAGGGGACUUUCGGUUUUGACCGCGCGAGAAAUGAAACGAGAGCCACUUUUCUCGCGGUCUUUGAGUCUCGUUCCUCGUUCUUUUCUCCUAAACCGUACAGAAACGCUUGCUACGCAGGCUGGCAUAUGAGCGUUGUUUUCCCCUUUUUUCAGAGCUUAAACUUAUUUGUGCUUUUUUUCGCCAUAGCCUUAAAACGCUAUUCAUUGAGAUGUGUAAAUUUGUCAAACUCUCUAAAGUCGGUCACUUCCCUCCAAUUCAGAUCGUUAUUGUCACAUUGUUUAGUAGCGGAGCUUCCAUGAAAUUGAAAUUCUGUCUAGUAUUCGAUUUUCACUAAUUUUCUUUUAAAGCCUAUUGAUAGGUCAUUUGUUUUCCUUAUUCGUGUGGCGGUGACUGAUUCCUGAAAUGAUCAACGCAGUUAGCGGUCAAUUCUUCCCUUAUUUUUCGGAAUUUUGUUUGACAAACUUCAUAUCUCUUCAAGACUAAAUAACUUAAACUUCCAACUUAUUAGCACUGGUGCUUAUGGCUUGUUUUCACUGUCACGCCGUCACAAAUUAAAAUCGAAACCAUUCCAUGGAUAAAGUAUUUUUAGAAUCUGGGAUAUUAGAGGAAAUAAGUGUGCAAACAGUUUCGCCAAGAUUCUGCAGGUCUCUGCGAGUUUUUAUGUGUCAAGUAUUCGAGGAAAUGUUUUACCCAAAUCUGUAGAACGUUGUAUGGAGACGCCAUAUUGGUGUCUUUUUGAGGGGCAUGGGGGCGGCGCAAACUGGCCGAGAAAUCUGUCAGGGUUUUGCCUAAACACUAAAAGAGUGCUUAUUCAAAGACACGAUCUGGGGCCCGUUUCUUGAAAGGCCCAAUAACUUUUCGGGCCCGAAGGCAAAUUUUAAAAUCAAAACCUGUUGAAUAAAUGCACAGUCUCUACCUCACAAACCGGUCAAUUUUGCUUUGUUAACUGAUAGUUACAUUGUAUCAUUUUCAAAAUUAUUGAAACUUUGGUCUUGAAUGCAAACACUGCAAACAGCCAAAGCUCACUCUAUCACAAAACGAAGAACGCUUUCGAACUGAAAAUUUGUUAAAAUAUUAAUGAUUUGCUGCUCUAACACCUCGUAAAAGUAAAAACUCGGAAGAAUUGAUUAUUCCUUGAUUUGAAUUUUGUUGACGUCACUUAAAACCAGCAACGUAUUGUAAAAGGAAAAAUGUGUUCUUGUGCUAACGAGCUGAGGUAAAAAGCAAGCUUAACGUCACGUAAAUUCGCAAUUUUUUCCCAAUGGUUUAGCGUUUAUUGUUACAAGUAAAUGGUCAGUCUUACGUGGGAGUUCAGCUUUUAGGGUUUAAUAGCUAAAUUUAUGUAUUAAAAUUGAAAGAAUUAUUUAGUGCCAUUGUUCUAGAAUAUUGCUUCGCGGCGAAACAUUUAUUUUUUAUAUAUAUAUCCGUUGCCAAGCUAAUAUUCUCGUGGUCGAACAGAGCAACGUAUCGUCGAGCAGGAAGGUCUCUUUUUGAUAGUGGUGAAUUGAAACUGAUAAUUUCUUGGAACGAACAUGAAAUGAUCUGUUUUCAGGCCAAGUAACCGUGAAGCCUCAAGAUCUUUUGCUUGUACUGACCAGUGUCUCUGUAGAAACCCGCUGUCUUUUUUCGAAUAUUUACUACGGUCUGUAUUUUGAAAUUUAGAUCCGUCAGGUUAACGGGCUUGGGACGCCGAACUUACGUAACACUCUGCCUAACCUAAAAGACUUGCUGGAUACGAAAUUUCGAACAAGGUAUGUGUCAAGACUCGCCAAGACAUUAAGUGUCCUGUCCAAGAUUUUGUUUGGCAAGCCAGCUUAAUGCUUAAUUGUAAAAAACGUAUAACAGCUACAUGUAUGAUAGUUGUAUUUCUUUGGUAACGUAAGCACUGUACUUUAAAUGUUUAUUUGAAACAGUUACGAAAGAAAAGAGUGGCAUGUUUCGGAACUCUCGUAGAUACCAACUAAAAUAAUAAAGAAACAGAAACAGUCUUUUUUUUGGUCCGUCUCAAGCCUAAUGUUAAUUACGGUUGAACUGUCGUUGAGUGUGGUCUGUGCUCAAUAAUUAGUUUCCUGUUCAUGUAUAUUUUGCUUAGACAUACUAAACCUGUUCCUGUACAUUCAAAACCCGCUACUAUUUGUAAUUUCUUUCUCUCUCUUUUUUUAGUGAUUUGGUUAAAUCUGCUCCACUCACAAUAAUAAGAAAGUCUCCAUUAAAACCCCACAAGAACCGAUCGUCGACUUCAGAGGAUUCCUCCCCUCGGUCAAGGCCUCCUUCGUUUGAUAACGUCAUGCUUCAGUCUAUGGACGCUACUACAUCUGAACCCAAACCUGGUUUACUGGAUUUAUCGGUAAAUCCUGAACCAGCAGCAAAUCCUGAUACAACAGAUGCACCAGUAAGAUCUGCUGACCACGAUAUACCGACAAAUCCUGCCUUACCGGAUAAACCAGGAAAACCUGCUCUACCAGAUAAACCAGCAAAACUUGUUUUACUUGAUAGACCAGCAAAACCCCCUAUACCGGAAAAACCGGCAAGACUAUCUUCACAUGACCAACUAGUGAAGCCUACUUUACCGUUAAAACCAGCAAAAACUGCUUUUCCUGUUCAACAUGAAAAAUGUGGUGUAGCGGUUCCUCUUAGUGCAGAUCAAGUUCAUCAAACGCAGACUGCAGAUAAGUCUCCAAUGGCAACAGAAAAUUCUAUUGCAAUAGGCCAGAACAGGUCGAAUGGUUUAUUGGAGGGGAAUGUGGCGGAUGAUAGGCAAGGAGCUGUUACUGAGGAGAGUGCCCUGUUCAUACCCUCACAAGGAACAAGCAGAUUUUUGGGUCAGCAGCGGAUGAAAAGAUCACUAAAGCAUCAGAGAAAUACAGUAACGACUGGUAAACCUUACAGGACGUUUUCACUUAAGGCGCGCAGAAGCAACACUCAGUCGCAGAAACAAAAGUUGGUUAGAACUGGAAGUGCUGAUAGCACGAAUAAGGGGAAAGAAGCUUCUACUAAUUUUGCAGGAAAUACAGUUAAUAACUUUAUACGGUUUGAAGGAAGACCAUCCUAUCCUAAUCAGUCAGAAAGUGGUGACAAUGGCAGUAUGAGGCAAGGUUAGUUAGAUAUAUAACUUUCGACUUAACACCUAUUAAACACAUAACUACUCUAUCAGUGAGUUACAAAAUAGAACCAUUGUUAAACUGACCGCACAAGCAAUGUGACCAUGAGCUACUACAGCUUUAUGCGGGAAGGGAAAUUUUUCCUUUACAUCUAUAGUUAACUUCCUUUGAUAUAGUCAAAACUUCACUGUUAACUAUUUUUGGAGACGCGUUUUGCACUUGUUUACAAAGGGUAGCGCGCCAUGCGAAGGCAGCCGAGUUGGUGUCUCUUCAUAUAAACCUGAGCAAAUAGUAUGUCUGGUUCUGGUUGUUUGACCGAGAUCUCUCCACAACGCUAUUGCGUGCGUUGACUUCAUAUGCAGAGACAUUAGGUCUGCCCUUUGAACUUGGAUUGUUGUUUGUUUAACGAAGAUUUCAGUCACACCACCUGGAAAUUUUCCUUAUGUACCCUUCAGUCCGAAUACGAAAGCGACACGUUUCCAACUACAACCCCAACUACGCCUUCCACUCCGUUGAGAGAAAGCCAGUUCAGCGUCAUUAGGGUCUGUUAUAAGUUUAAGGAAAAAAAGACUUUUUGAUAGAGAGUAAGAAACGUGAAAUCGAUGACAGCAGCGUUGAAAGCAUUCUCUUCUAAGAAUUUCAUCCUGGUUACCCGGGAUCAUAUCAAUAGGUCCUUAGCUGAUGAUGUAACCUACCCUCAUAUCCCUAAUUUUGAACCAGUCACUAGAUCACUUUUAUUCUAAUUUCAGAUGACACGUGUACCUCGAAUGGUGACCAGCGUUUGGUAGAUAAAGGGGGUAACAGAAAUCCCGAUCUUCCAACCCAUUCUAAUGUGUCAGACCUGAAACAGACUCGCAGUGACGGAAUCCGUUCAAAAAGCCUCUUUGACGUGGAGGGUUCCAUUAACUUUGAUUUCUGUGAAAAUGGUGAAAUAGAUUUAAGAUAAAAGUACGCGUGAAGCUACUGAAAAAUCAGCUGUUAUUAUUUUUUAUUAGAAGUAGGCAUUUGACGGUCUUUCCUCUGUUUUAGCUGAUGAGGUGUUUCAGCUGAUUCAAACCUCGACAGCUAUGGUCAAAAUCGAAAACAUGUAACGAGGGGUACUUAAGAGUUACAUGGAAAAACUGGAAAUUCCGGAUAGAAAAUUAAAUGGUACGCGUCAUUCCGUUUGGGAAACCUCGGAAUAUAUGGGCUGUGAUUUAAGGCGACACAAAUUGUCUACUCUUUUUGGCCUGUUCAGCAGAUUGGGAUAUACUUGGCAGCAGGUUAGGCCCGAGUUGUUCAAAAGCUGGAUAGCGCUAUUCACCGGAUAAAUCACUUUCCAACGGAUAAGUAUUAGAGGAACCCCCUGCGCUAUCCAGUGGAUAGUGAUUUAUCCGGUGGAUAGCGUUAUCCACCUUUUGAACAACUGGGGACAGAGGUUACAGUGUUAUUUUUAUGCACAGGAUUUCCACUCGGAUGGUGUGUGUAAAUGGGUGGCACCCAAGGUAUGCGAAACUGAUGGUCCCAGUAAGAAAUAAGAACGCUGCCUAACGGUAAAAUUAAACUCCUUUACAGCUAUAUAUUUUUUCUCUUUCAACUAUUGCUUGACACCUUUAAUAAUUGUCACGUGACUCGUGACUUUUUUAUCUUGGUCCAAGUAGGGUAAGGACCCGUCCACACGUAUCCGAAUAUUUUUGGAAACGUUUUAGCCUUCCGGUCACACGAAAACAGCGUUUUUGGGCACCAAAAACGCAGGUGUUUGGAAAACGUUUCUCUGUGUAGGAUUUUUUGAAAACAUUGGUUUAUCGUUAUUGUGUGGACGGACGAAAACAGGUUUUGAAGUUAUCGCGUUUCUAUUGUUUUAGCGUUACUUUUCGUUUGGACGGGCAAAAACGAUUCCAGUGCAAUACGUAGGAUGCAUAUUUUUCGAGAAAAGAGUAAAACAAAUCUCCGUUUUCAGAUUUGCGGUUAAAUGUGGAAGAGCCCCAAGAACGACUUACCCUGAGAUAAGUACGCAUGCUAAAUUUUGAAAUAAAGACGACAAGCCUUUACGUCACGUUGCCAUGAUAGCAAAAUUUCUCGAUCUCGACAAACCGUGGUCCCGCAAAUAUGGCCGGAAAAAAAUAAAAAAUCGACAUGUAUGACUUUCCUGUGCAUGAUUACACUCAAGAACACAAACGGUAGCCCAUUUUUUCCUUCCAUCGUUGGACAAUGCAAAUGGCCGUCUCUGUCAAGAAAGACUGUUGAGAUCCAGACGUUUUGCUACCAUAGUAACUUGACGUCAUACUUCUCUUUAUAACUCUGUUAGAAUUCAAAAUUUCUCACUGGUAAUCCGUAGGAGCACACGCUCCCUCAGUCUCAUAAGUAUGGACUGCGCUGUUUUCUGAUUACGACUCGAUAUCGUCGUUAGUGUAAACCAGCCCAAUCGAAUAGUCGGUGUAUAUAAGUGUACGGUACUCGUAAGGUAGUGGCAGGUCUGGUUUUCUCCAAGCGAUUCGUUUUGUGGGAUUUACAUUCAAUCGACAAAAUUUGUUACGUGCAAAUUGGCCUUUUCUUUAUAUAUAAAAAGAAUGUCUUAGAGGAGUAUUAGUGAAAUGAAACAAUAACAUAAAUAUCAUGACCAAUUCUCAACAAAUAAACUGCGUAGCAGUCUACCCCUUGUAUAGGGCAUUUUGUUGCAAAGGCAGUUUAAUUUUAAACAUUUUAUGCACAAGAUAAAUGCAAUACAUUUCGGUUAGACUUCAAAGCUAUAUACCAAUUGAGUUUUUGAAUUCUAAAAAAGGACGAUUUUCUUAUUGAGCAUCGCAGCUUUGAAAGCCGGG